AUGGCCUCUAUUCUGAGCAGGGGUACCAUUCGCAAAGCAUCAUUUAUCCUGCCGCAGUCUAGACUUGAAUUACGGACAGUAAAUGUCGAACGGAACUAUAAAAAGUUGAGUAAAAGGCGUCGAAAGAAGGCAGCGAAUUUAAGCCAAACCAGUUUAAUGAGGGUCGUAUUUAAAUACGAAAAUAAAGUUCCCACGGCGCGCGCGGGAACCGAAGGCUCCGCGAUGUCGUCGUCGCCCGAGAGACGCCUCCUUAGCGGCCUUUCACCGACGUAA